AUGAGCAGCAGCAGCAGCAGCAGCAGCAGUUUGCAUUACAAGUAUUGGUACCUCUCCACGCAGGUCAUCAGGUACGCGUCGCAGAAAAAGAAGCACCACACGGUGCACCCCGAGCCCAUCGACGGCCAUUUCGACCUAGUCAAGAACUUGUUCAUCCCUCCCACUCAGGACCUGGGCCACGACUUCCGCUACGCGUACGUGACGCACACCAACCAGCGCGGUCUGUACAAGCUCGACUUGGCCAACAUGAAGUACGUCAAGACCGUCGACCUGACGCCCUACAACUGCGUGCCGCAGGGACUCGUCUAUUCUUCCCUACAUGGUCUGGUAGUGGUAGACUGCACUGAGCCCAUGACUGGGCGGCGCACAGGGCAGCUGGUACUAGACUACCUCACGGACGCGGUGGUAGGAGUCAAGUCGUCGCUGGUAGGUCAGCCCUAUGUCACCCCGGACUCACAACUCGUCGUGACUGUUGAUACCAAGUCUCGCGUCAAGAUCGUCGUGCAGAGAGUUACUG